CUGGAAGCUAGGCCCCCGGCUACCCCCCUGCUCCCCCUGCAUAACGUGUUAAUGAGUGACGCCAAAAUCCGCGUCAGAAACGCGCUUUGCGCGAAGCAGCUAACGAUGUCCCGUCACCCCAGCCAGCCGGCCAGGCUUCCAUGGCUGCCAGGUUGCAAUGCUCGCAGCUGCGUCUGCCAGCCCUCUUUUUUUUACGUUUGCCAGGGUUUGCUGCUCAUCUCCGCUCCCGUCCCGCUCACUUUCAGCUGUCACGGUCUGGUUUCUGCUGCUCUUUUUCACCUCCGACUUUCUGUCACUGCACUGCCGCUAAAUAUCUUCUCCGACCAGGGCUCUAUACUGAGCCCGUUUGUCUUCGCGAUACCCCCCUCAGGUUUCCGUUUCUCAGCUGCACCUUUGCGAUACUGGCAAUCCGCCUCACAACCCGGCCUCUUGUCCUCUCUAGGCGUGUAAUUCGGCCAGCCCUUUCAUCGUCUCCAACUGCACUCCAUCACCGCCUCGUCCCACGGCUUUCUGCCAGCACUAUGUCCGCUCUCAAGCGCAAGGCCGGCGCCGAGGCCGGGGCGGAGCCGAAGAAAGCCAAGCAGGGCAGCAUCAUGACCUUUUUCGGCGCACCCAAGCCCUCGUCGACCGCCAGCAUUGCAAGCAACAGUGCGACUUCUGUCCCGGAGCCCGCGACUCCCAAGUUCGACAAGGCCAAAUGGGCUGCUUCCCUGACCCCCGAGCAGCGGCAGCUGCUCCAACUCGAGAUUGACACCCUGCACGAGAGCUGGCUGGCCCUGCUCAAGGACGAGCUCGUCACCAAGGAGUUCCUCGAGCUCAAGAGGUUCCUCGACCGCGAGACCGCCGCCGGCAGGAAGUGGUUCCCGCCCAAGGAAGACAUCUACAGCUGGUCCCGCCACACGCCCUUCAACACCGUCAAGGUCGUCAUCCUCGGCCAAGACCCCUACCACAACCACAACCAGGCGCACGGCCUCGCCUUCUCCGUCCGCCCGCCCACCCCCGCCCCGGGCUCGCUCAGGAACAUGUACACGGCGCUCAAGGCGGACUACCCGGCCUUCAACCCGCCGCCGAACCGGGGCGGCCUGCUGACGCCGUGGGCCGACCGCGGCGUGCUGAUGCUCAACACGUGCCUGACCGUGCGCGCGCACGAGGCCAACUCGCACUCGAACCGCGGCUGGGAGCGCUUCACGCAGCGCGUCAUCGACCUCGUCGCCGCGCGCCGCUCCCGCGGCGUCGUCUUCAUGGCCUGGGGCACGCCCGCGGGGAAGAGGGUCCUCAAGGUCGACACCAAGAGGCACCUCGUGCUCAAGAGCGUGCACCCCUCCCCGCUGUCUGCCGCCAAGGGCUUCUUCACCUGCCGCCAUUUCCGGUUGGCCAAUGACUGGCUUGCGGAGAGGUACGGGCCCGACGGCAGGGUGGAUUGGGCGUUGAACGAGGGCGAGAGCGUGUUUGCCGAUGAGGGGAAGACGACGACGACGGUGGGCGCGGUCGCUGUCGGAAGCGCAGCGGGGAAGGUGUUGGAGGUUGAAUCGGUGAAGAAGGAGGCGGACGGGGAAGGGGAGGGAAAGGAGGAGACGACGGCGAAGGUGGAAGGGGAGGUAGUGGAGGGGGGCGUGCUGAAACAGAUCGAGGCAGUGGUGAGGGCUUCGGUCGCUGGCGGGGACAAGGAUGCGGGUGCCAAGGAGGUGGAGACGCUGCUUGAGAAGAAGGCGGCGGCUGUCGAGGCAGGCGGGGAGGAUGAGAAUACCGCGCCUGAGAUUGGGCCUUGAACUGGCUCAUGGUCUCUCGGUGUGGUGGUUUCGUUUCAUGUGGGUUGUGAACGGCAGGGCAAAAGGGUUGGGACAGGCCCAAGUGGCUUGAUCUGUCUCUGACCCGGGAGGGCUAGGACCGCUUCCUUCUUCAGGACACUCGUGUCAUCGAGGCGCGGAGACUGCGUCCACUUGUCGAAGCGUCUCGUCGUGGAGAAAGCCUGUUUGACAG